GCAACUUUUUAUGUACGGAAAUGGAUCGUAAAUACAUAAUGAUAGAAACCCAUUAAUCGUAUUCCCAUCAACUCAACUCAAUGUUCGAUUUAGCGAUUGGAUACCGCGAAAUGUUUGAUCGAUAAACGGAAUCACAUGCUUGAGGAACGAGUACGUUCAACGACAAAAUGCCAAUUAUAGUUGUUAAAGAUUAUUCUUGGCGUCAGACUUCAGAAUUCGUUAUAUUAAACGUACCCUUAAAAGGACACCCGAGAAAAAUUGAUCUGUUCAUAAUUGAUAGUUACGCAAAGAUAAGUUUUCCACCAUUUAUAUUGGAAUUAUUUCUUUGGGCGAACGUCGUUGAAAAAGAAAGCAAGUGCACGUUAACUGAACAGGAAGCAAUACUCACUUUACGUAAAACUAACAUCGGCUUAGAGUGGCCUACCCUUGAAGUACAAGACAUUGACAAUGAUUUUAAACGAGAGUGUCGAGAUCGAGCUUUAGAACAAGCUCAUAAAGUUGCCGAAGAAAACACGAAAGCUAAAAGUGAGAAACGUCAACACUUACAAAAGGAAGCGGUGAGAGAACAGAUCAACAUUCACACGACUACAUUAAAUAAAAUAGACGCAAUACGAAAUGCACAUCGGAAAGAAGCUAUGCACGAAUUUGAAGAUUGGAGGUCAAAAGCUGAAGUGCCGUUUCUCCCAGAAGUCGAGGGAGAAGUACAAGAGAACAGGAAAACUUACAAGCCUCCAUUAAAAUGGUUUAAAGACGAGAAUAAUGAGUUAAAGUCUCGACCAAAAACUGAAGAAGAAAUAUUUAAUGGUGACGCUCCUAAAAAGGGUGACAAGAAUAUAUUAGAGGUGCAAAAUGAAAAUCAAGAAAAUGAAACGAAAUCAUAUAAGAAGAAAGACGAUAUAUUGGAAGAUGUAGGCGAUGGUAUUUCUGAGGACUCCGAGUCCGAUUGCGAAGUAAAAAACAAUUCAAGUGAUAAGAAGAGACGACCGGGAUUAGAUGCUGUAAAAGCUGCAAUUGAAGGAAACUUCUUCAAGAAAAAUAGUAUAUUCGAAGAGCCCGAGAAAUCAGUACCAUUACCAAGAAAAGCGGGUACCAUUAACGUCACGUUUUCAGAUCGAAAAUUUCCAACACCCGCCAGAGAAAGUUCUCACGUUGAGGAACAAGAGUGGUUGCAGAAGCAAGCAGAAGCGAGACGUAAAAUUGGUUUCGAUGCGGACGAUCUUCGACCGGAAGAGCGAGAUCCACAGUGGUUAAAGGAUAAAGGCGACGAUUUCUUUCGAGUUGGAAACUACCUGGCGGCUAUUAGCGCUUACUCAUAUGGAAUCAAGAUCAGCGAUAGAAUGGCAUCGCUUUACGUGAAUAGAUCCGCAGCACACUACGCAUUGGGAAAUUUCCACAGAUGCAUCGACGAUUGUUCUAAGGCAUUAGAAUUAAUGGAACCGAAAUGCGAAGGUAAUCGAGAAUCAAGAGCCAGGUGCCAUGCUCGACGGGGCGCAGCACUCUGUAAAUUGUCCGCGCCUCAGCACGGUGUUCCAGAGUUAGAGGCUGCACUACAAUUAACGCCGGACAAUGAAAGUAUAAAACGUGACGUACUGGCCGCAAAACAAUACUUCGACAUAAAAGAGUAAGUAGGUAAACCAGAUCAUUUGUUUGA